CUCCACUUCAAUAGUUCAAUUACAACAUCCACGACUGAUCUCUGUUAUAAUGGCUCCAAAACGCAGGAGAUCCACGAUGGAUCCCACAUCUGAUCUGAAGGAUGAAUCAAAACCCCCGCUGGGCAGAAGGACUUCCACGCGCGGUAAGAAAGCUAGAAUAAUGACAAACCCAGAUGAAAAUCCAGAUAUCGUGGACGGAAAAGCUGCAUUACGAGCAAGUCCAGAUGUGGAUGAGAAAGGAGAAUCUCUCGAUAUGAAACGGGUUGCCCCGUUGAAGCAACUAAUUACAUCCGUGGCGAAACCUGUGUCGGCAGAAGAAGAGGAUAGCGACUCGUCACUAUCAGACGCCAUAUCGCCAGUCCCUACACCAGUUAAAAAGCGCCGAAAAGCACCGACUAAGAGCUCAGUAUCUGCGAAGAAGGGAUCGGAUGAAAUCAAAGCAUUCAAAGCAGAGCAAGCAGCGAAGAAGGCGGCUGAAUUGGCGAAGGUGAAGAAAGAGGACGACGAGGAUGAAUGGGAUAAGCGACAAGAUCCAGAUGGGGAUGAGAUGGGUCCGAUUGAAGAAGUGGAUGUGUUGAAGAGAGAAGCUGGCCGGCCACCACCUGUAAACAGCGACUACUUGCCAUUACCAUGGAAAGGGCGAUUAGGCUACGUUCGCUUCCCCUGAUCCAGUCCUUUGCUUCCAAUGGACAGGAUAUCGCUAACUCUGAACUCUGUUAGGCUUGCUUAAACACAUAUCUUCGAUUUUCCAAUCCUCCUAUUUUUACGUCAAGAACUUGUCGUAUGUCAUCCAUAGUGGAACAUCGACAUCCUCUCAAAGACCCAUCACAACCGGAGCACGCCACCAAAAACAGACCUGACAAAUCUCAACCGGCUUCCAUUGAAAGAGGUCAGCGUUAUGUGGAAGAAAUUUGUCUGGCAAAUGUGCGAGAUCUUCCAAAAAUGUUUCGCUGGAAUGACAAAUACGGAAUAAAGUUCAUGCGUCUAAGUUCGGAAAUGUUUCCUUUCGCAAGCCAUGCCGAAUUUGGUUAUAAACUUGCCCCAUUCGCAUCUGAGGUGCUGGCGGAAGCUGGGAAGGUUAUUGCUGAGCUGGGCCACCGAGUCUCAACACAUCCCGGACAAUUUACCCAACUGGGCUCCCCAAGAGCCGAAGUAAUUGCAAAUUCAAUUCGAGAUCUUGAAUAUCACGAUGAAAUGCUUUCUCUUCUUGAGCUUCCAGAACAGAUGAACCGAGAUGCGGUUAUGAUCCUUCAUUUGGGCGGGACGUUUGGAGAUAAAGCCGCUACUCUUGAUCGAUUUCGGGAGAAUUACAAGGGUCUCUUGCCAUCUAUCAAGAUGCGAAUUGUCCUUGAGAAUGACGAUGUCUCAUGGUCUGUCCACGAUCUCCUACCUCUUUGCGAAGAACUCAAUAUUCCACUGUGCCUAGACUUCCACCAUCAUAACAUCAUUUUCGAUUCCACUCAGCUCCGCGAAGGAACUUUAGACAUCAUGUCUCUCUACCCACGCAUCAAAGCAACAUGGGACCGAAAAAGCAUUCGCCAGAAGGUGCAUUAUAGCGAGCCUUGUCCGGAAGCAAUCACCGGUAGACAGCGAAGAAAGCACAAUCCAAGGCCGAUCACGCUACCUCCUUGUCCUGACGACAUGGAUGUAAUGAUAGAAGCAAAGGACAAAGAACAAGCGGUUUUCGAGCUGAUGCGCACUCUAAAGUUACCUGGUUGGAACACUUUCAACAACAUAAUCCCGUAUGAGAGAGCAGACGAUAACAGAACCCUCCCCAAAAAGGCCAAGAAGAAGAAAACUAAAAAGCAAAUCGCAGCUGAAGUCGAAGAACAUGGGAAAGAACUAAGCGAAGCAGAGGAACCACUGCAAGAAGAAGUUCCAGAAGCUGAUGUCGGUAUGGGAGGCCCAGAGAAUCGCGUGUAUUGGCCAACAGGAAUGGAAGAAUGGUUGCGCCCGAAGAAAAGGGAGGUGAAGAAGAAAAAUGGUGUCGAUGAAGAGGAGAUGUUCAAAAACCCCACUCCCGCAAACUUUACAGCGCGGAAGGCGAUUCAGGCGAGAGAUGCAGCACCCUUGAGUGAAGAGGUUAAGACACAGCUUCAGGAAGCUAAUUGCUUGAGGGAUAUCAAGAAGACUUUGGAUGGUGUGAAGGCAGGAAUGGCUGAGAACGAGAACGAAGAAGUUGAUCUCAAGGAAACUGUGAAGAAACCAACACCUGCGCAGAAGAAAGGCGCGAGGAAACGGGCGCCUACGCCUAGCACUUCUGAUACUGACGAGUUUUGA